UGAAUACCGGCUUCAGCCGGUACAAACUCCGCCGAGCUUCAGACUCAGAGACAGCGAGAGGAAACAGAGACAGAGAGCUGGCAGAUAACACUCAGUCUAGUUAUAAUAUCAGUAUUUAUAAAUUGUUAAUGUAGUCAGACAUAAACUAGAAAACGAUAUAUUUGAACAGGGUCAUUUUCCAAAUACCACUGGCGCUCUCCUCAGAAGUGACUGCGGAUGCUCCGGAGCAGGAACGAUGUUCUCCAGUUAACACACUUCAACUAAGCCAGCUAAAGCUAGCUCUACUGGGCUUUGUUUUCUUUCAAUAUCCCGAGUGUCCCCCAGUCUCUUCAACGUUUCGAAACGUCAGUGUCCAUCAUGACAGGAAUAAUGUCUGCCCUGAAGGGCUGCACAAGCCCCAAUGUGUACGAUGAGGUGCCUGAUGGAGGCUGGGGCUGGAUGGUGGCUGCCGCCUUCUUCUUCGUGGAGGUUUUUACCUAUGGCAUUAUCAAGAUUUUUGGGAUCUUCCUCCAGGACCUCAUGACAGACUUUAAUGAAACCAACAGCAGAGUGUCUUGGGUUGUCUCCAUCUGUGUCUUUGUCAUGGCCUUCACAGCUCCUCUUUCUACGUUGAUGAGUAACCGCUUUGGCUAUCAGCCUGUCGUCAUGCUUGGUUGUCUGCUGAUCAGCCUGGGUACAAUCACAACAGCCUUCACCAACUCCAUCAUUGAGAUGUACAUUACCAUGGGUAUCGUUGCAGGCCUGGGUUACUGCCUUACCUUCCUGCCUACAGUUACCAUCCUGACCCAGUACUUCAGCAAGCGCCGUUCCCUCGUCACUUCCAUAGCCUCCACAGGAGAAUGCUUCUCCCUACUAGCACUUGCUCCAGCUAUGAAUGCACUGAAGGAGCAUAUGGGCUGGCGCAACUGCUUGAUCAUGAUUGGGGUUAUGCAGGCCUCAAUUAUCGUCUGUGGGGCUCUGCUAAAGCCAGUAGUCAUUAAACCCAAACCCACUGCCUCAGAGGGUUCCACAUCCCCCCUUAAAGAACCUGAAUCCAAAUAUGACCAGGAGAAUGAAUUCACACGUACCUCUUUCGGCUCUGUGGACUCAGGGGUCCAAUCCGUCACCUCUUCCCAGAUCAACCUGUCCGAGGGCCAGGAAUCUACAGAACAGAACUCUGCAGAGAAAAAAGCACUUAAGGAAAAGGAGGAAGAAGAAAACCGUGAAAACAAGCAACCAGUGCUGCCUGAAACCCCACUCAAACAGGAACGAGUAGACUCGAGCGCCUCUAGGCCCAAGUUGUUGGACUUCUCCGUGCUUAGAGAUGCCAGCUUCAACUGCUACGCACUGUUUGGCCUGUUCGCCAGUCUGGGCUUCUUCGCUCCGCAGCUCUACGUCAUUGAGCUGAGCGUGAGCCGAGGAGUGUCACGUGACAGCGCCACCUACAUGCUCUCGGCCAUGGCUGUGGCUGAGAUUCUAGGUCGUCUGUCCAUGGGUUGGGUUCUCAAUCGCAGGCCCAUCCGCAAAAUCUACAUUCUGCUGAUUUGCACGGUGCUGCUCUGUCCAGUGCUGGUCAUCUUCACUUUUGUCACUGAAUUCUGGGGGCUCAUGUCCUGCUCCUGUUUCUAUGGCUUUCUGCUGGGCACCGUGGCCUCCAGUCACAUCCCAAUGCUGGCUGAAGAUGACGUGAUCGGCAUUCAGAGAAUGUCAUCGGCUGUUGGCGUCUAUGUCUGUAUCCAGAGCUUUGCAGGACUGGCUGGUCCACCUUUAGGAGGUUUUCUGGUAGACAGGACUGACAAUUACGGGUCAGCCUUUUACUCCUGCGCGGCUGGGAUGGGAGUCGGUGCUCUGUUUCUUGGGCUGGUGCGUCCAGCCAAAUCCGGCCUUUGCCUUUGGAGGAGGAGAAAUGACCAGCAAACAACAGACAGAGACUCCAGCUCACAGGGUAGUGAUUAUGGCCCUGCUGACUUUGUAGAAAUGGACAUGGAGCUUGACAACGGUCCUGCAAAGAGCAAACCGUGGCCAGUAUGAAUACCACCUCACCUCAAGAGUAAACACACUUAUCCUCCACUUGAAUGAUCAUCCCAAAGGCUGCCAUACACAAACCCAGUGCCAACAGGGUAAAAUAGUCACAAAUCUAACUUUAAGGCAAUUAAAGAAGAGUUUAAUCACUGUUCAUUGCACUUUUGCUGACCACCCAAUCAUAAUCCCAAAAACACGUUUACAUUCCUUGUAUCAUUAUUUAUUGAAAGGAAACAAGAAUUUUGAGGUUCCUUUCCUGUCAUAUUGUGUGCUACGUACUAGUCUCCACAGACAGACACACUUUUAGAGAGGACAAGAAUUAAACCCAUUAGGCAUUCAGUUCUAUACCUCUCAUUUACCAAAGUCUUAGUGUGAAAUGCAAUUUCACUCUUUAUUUCAUAAUUAUGUUGUCCACAAACCAUCAUACCACUUUUAGUUCUGGCUUUAACGUCUAAAAAAAUGAAACCUCAGGCUGUUUUGCUGCUGAGAGUGAGGCCAUGAUGCAAAUGUAUAUUGCAUUAGGUUGCAUAAGCCUCAUUCAGAGAUGAAGGUGAGACGGGUACAGAGCUGUCUAGUGUUUCAGGGUUAUAUGUCAUUUGCUUACCUAUAGAUAACGGGUCUGUGUUCAAUGGUUUAAUAUUUAACUAGUAUUGCUAUUGUAAAUGGAAAGUAAGAUGGCAACAUCUCAGCUUAGAUGUUAAUGUAGUUCUGAUGACCACUUGGUCUUCCAUCAAGAGUAACCCAUCAUCAGUCAGAACAUGUUGAAUGAGGGAUGAGUUAUGCUGACCAAACGUCAAAGGCUUCUGUCCUCUCAAUUUCUGCUCAGAUAUGUAGGCUGCCUAGAAACACAUUCAAGAGUUUCUCAUGAAAAAUUAUGGCUAUAGAAUGUAAUGUUAUCGCCAUAAUUUGGAGUGCGCCGUCUGUGCCUUGUCAGAGAAUUCUGCGGAAUUACGCAGAGCUUGUGACUUCAAACGGGAAGCUAAAAGGGGCAUUCACAUAGCACCAGACGCACUGUUUCCAAGUACGUUUUU